UUUAUAAAUUAUAAAUUUAAUAUUUUUAUUGUAUACUAAAAAAUAUAAUUUGAAUAAAAAUUGUUUAGAAAAUAUAAUUAAAAAAGAAAAAAGUAAAUGCAAUGAAAGUAUAAAAAGAAGUUCUUGAUAUCAAUGCGAAAAACGAUUGGAUUCUUCGAUGGGGGUUGCAUCGGACACCAUACGGUUCUUCGAGCACGCGACCCAUAGGAGGGUCGUUCCACUCUACUGAAUCGUGAAACCACCCUAGUGUGCUAUCGCAUUGUUCCACUGUUCAUCCGUCGAUCGAAUUUUCUAACCAACUUUUUCGAAAUAUUUUAACCAAUUUUUACUUUAACAAAUUCAAUAUUGAAGUCUUUACAAAAAAAAAAAAUUAGAGUCGCGAAAGUUGGUCGAGGAAAGCGAAUAGAAAAGAUGAGUGCAUUCAAGAGACAUCAAAGUAAAGUGUUCUGGAAUCACAUGGCGUCUCAGGAUCUAGAAAGUUUAGAUCCUUUCGCCUCGAAAAAUGAUUUCACCAAAAUCAAACAAAAUAUCGCAUAUAAUUUUGAAAUAACCAAAGAGGAAGAACAUUCAUCCAGCAUCAAUGAUACCAGCGAUACGAUCAAUAGUGAAAAUAUAACGGCUAUUCGCGUCUGUCCAAAGGAAAACAAUGAACAAUAUUCUAUGACAACGAUUCAUGAAGAAAAUAUAAUUCAAACAGCUACGAUGGAUACAAAGAUUAAAAAUAAAAAAGACGAGAAUAAUAUCGGUUUGGUAAAUAGAUCAUGCAGUCCUUUGAGUCAAGAUCUUCGAAGCUUGGAUUCUGGUUUCUCUGAUUCCGAAAGAUCCAACUGUUCUGAAUUUUAUGAGAAUGAAACACCAAGGCGUCGAAGAAGACGGAAGCGAGUUAAAGAUCAACAUAAAAUACAUCCAAAAAGUGGUGUUGUUUGGUUAGAAGAUGAAACUAUUCUAAAUCCAACAUAUACUUCUACGCCUAAGAACUCCCGAACUUUACCUCGAAAUCAUACAAUGAUCUUCAACGCACAUGUAGGAAUAUCAAGUACACAAAGAACAGAAGAUAAUCAAGUAGAUACAUCAAAAAUUCCUUCUUCUGUUUCUUUGGAAGAUGAAUGUCUCGGUGAUUUUUUAUAUGCAACUGAACCACCGGAAGAUGUGGCUACACCAAGAAGCGCAAAUUCAUCGAUAGCAAUUAACUUUUCAGAAACGGAACCAGCUUAUAAAUCUGUGUUACAUUCCAGAAAUUAUAGACAAUCUUCAUCAAUAAGAACAUGGUUGAGUGAUCUUGCAAUGGAAACAGACAAUGAAUGUAACAAUACUCUUCAGAGCAAAGCUUUACCACGACGAAAGUAUCGCGAGUUUUUGGAUGAAAAAGGUGAAAUGAUUGAUUUGAAAAAUUUAUCAUCUUUAGCUACUGCAGCUGCAAAUAAAUUACUUAUUAGAGCUGAACAAUUUGAUCAACAUUAUCAAUAUAUUUUUGACAAAAUAUCACAUUUAGAAAGUGAUAGAUUAGAACAACAAUUUUUACGUGCCAUAGAAGAUGACGCUUUUUCUCUGCUUUCGGAAUUGGGUAUACCAUCCCCACGUAAAAUUCACCAAAACAGUUUAAAAGAAAUAUUAUCGCAAUUAGAAAAUAUGAAGAAUUUUGUCGACAGUGCUGUAAAUACUCGCUUAGAUUUUUAUAUCGAAAGAGUAGUCAGAGGAUUGGAAGAAGCACCGAAAGAUGAUACCACAUUAACUAGAGGUGCUUUAGCAGCUUUAACUGCUUUAGGCUUAGCAGGACCUCGAGCAGGAAGCAGUAUUACAAGAUGUUUAGGUAUUAGAGCACUUUUGACAUCUGUAAUCACUACUGGAAAAACAUCAAUAGAUUUCGUCGCAGCUUCUUUACGAGCAUUAGCAAGUGUAUGUAGUUCCGCCAUGGCGAUAAACCAAUUUGUUAAAGAUGGUGGUCCAGAAAUAUUAACAGAUCUAUUAGUCGCAGAUAAUACAACUGAGAAGGAAAAAAUGGAAGCAACAGCGUUACUUGUGCAGAUUACUGCACCUUGGGUUAAUGGUGUAGGUUUACCUUAUUUGGAAUCUUUUGCAAAAGAUUUAAUACCAUCCUUAAAUUAUCUAGUCGAAAAUACCAAUUGUGGGCAGACUUUGUUGUUAGUUGCAGCUGCAUUCAAUCACUUGUCCAAAUCCAAAAAAUAUGCUCUUGUGAUAUUAGAACAAGAAACAGUUAAAAAACUGUUAAAAACUGUGAAAAAGUCAGCUGGAAGAAAUGUUUGGUUAAUGGAACAAGUAGCAGCUCUUAUCAGUGAACUAGCGCGUAUACCUGAAGCUCGAAUAUAUUUAGCAAAAGUUCGUGCCUCUAUUGCAUUAGUUUCUUUUCUUAGAAUGCGACCUCCUGGCUUAGAGGAUGCAUAUAGACGAUUAGAAAUUACUGCUGCCGCAGCACUUACAAGACUCUGUGUGGAUCCAGAAAUUGCAAGACAAGUAGUUGCUGUCGGAGGUGCAGAUUGUCUUCCAUCAUACAGAGCUGAAGAUCUUUUAACUGAAGAUGAAAAUCAAAUUGAAGCUGGAUUAUUAAAAUAUACAAAAUCCUUAAGAAAGGCAUGUAGGAAAGCCGCAAAACAAAUUGAUAUUGCAAAGGCCAGUGAUUCUAGUACUUUAAAUUAAAAUUAAUAUAUUGAUUAAUAUAAGAUUAAAAUAUUAAAGUUGUACAUAUGUUGUAUCUUAUGAGAUAAACGAGAUAAAUAUUUUAUAUUUAUACUUUUAUAUAAUAAAAAAAAAAUAAAUCUAUUGAAUAUAU